AUGGCUGUCGGCAAGAUCGGCGAGUAUCGUCUUGGCACGGGCGCGUCUUGGGAUGAGUACGUCGAGCGGUUGGAAAUGUUUUGCGACGCGAACAAGAUAACAACGGACGAGCAGAAAAGAGCAGUUCUGCUGAGUUGUUGCGGCGAAGCAGCGUACGGGCUCAUCGUAACCCUGGUGAAGCCAGUAAGACCGACCAUGGCAAGCUACGACGAAAUCAAGACGGCCGUUCGCAAGCACCUGCAUCCGAGGCCUUCCGAGCUGCACGCAAGGUUUUUGUUCUACAGGAGUGUCACAAAAGAGAGAAGCCAGGCGGCUGAUGAAUCGGUGGCAGACUACGUCACGGCUCUGCGGAAGCUAACGGAAGACUGCGGUUUUGGUGACAAGCAACUACCGCUGGACGUCAUGAUGCGAGAUCGUUUCGUGUGCGGCAUCAAGAAUGAAGCAGUCCAGCAGAGACUUCUCGCCGAGCCCAACCUUACGUUCCAGGUCGCGUACGAAAUGGCCGUGACAGCUGAGGCUACAGCAAAGCAGCAGCGAGACAUACGCAACCAGGGACGAGACGAGACAAAAGACAGCCAGGGCCUAAUUCAAGCAACUCGCACGAAGCAAGACACCGCAGCGGAAGGGUCCAGUUGCUAUCGCUGCAACGGUAAGCACGCUCCGCAUUUAUGCAGUUUUAGAAAGGCGGCAUGUUUCAAGUGCAAGAAAAUCGGACACAUUGCGAAAGCCUGUCGUUCGAAAGACGAAGUUAGAAAGUUUCAAAGAAAAACUUCACACGAGCAGAAGAAAAAAGAGAGUAAAAGCAAGGGCGCCUACGAAAUGACCGAAUUAUUUUCCCUCUGCGAGGUGAAUGAGCAAGAAGAAAAAUUCAUGGUUGAAGUACAGAUUGAAGGGCAGAAUGUACCCAUGGAAAUUGAUUCUGGAGCAUCGUGCUCAAUUGUGAGUGAAGAAACGUUUCGCUCUAUCGAGGGAAAGCAAAGUAAAAUACCCCUUCGAGAGUCAAGCACAACGCUCGUAACCUGGUCAAAAGAGGCGUUGCCUGUAGUUGGUCGCGCAAGUGUUGUGGUGGAAUUCAAGGGUCGGACGGCAAAGCUGCCUUUGUUGGUAGUGAAGAGAAGCGGUAACAGUUUGCUUGGGCGGAACUGGUUUAGGCCGUUGGGCAUUGGGCUGCAUGGAAUUCAGCAACUGAAUGUUGAAGACGUCACUUCACGAUUUUCUGAGGUGUUUCGCAGUGACCUUCCUGGCUUCAAUGGACCGCCAGUGCACAUCGAACUGAAAGACGACGCCAAACCUACGUUCAUUUCACCACUGGGCGUCCGACUGAUUUACUACAUUGGCGACGAGGCGGACCGGCCCGGCGAGGCCGCCGUUAAAGAAGGCGGGAUGGCUGUCGGCAAGAUCGGCGAGUAUCGUCUUGGCACGGGCGCGUCUUGGGAUGAGUACGUCGAGCGGUUGGAAAUGUACGAACCCGGGUAUGUUUCUGAGACCUACAGUAGCGGCCGCUGUGCUGUCAACGUGUGGGGAGCAAUCAGCAAAGAGGGCCUCGGCCCGCUAGUCCGGCUGUCCCCAUCGUUCACAGCUGACGCCUACUGUGAAAUUCUGGACUACCACCUGGUGCCAUACGCUCUGGACGGGCCAUUUAAAGAUGGCUACUACUUCUUCCAGCAUGACCGGAGCUCGGUGCACACCGCCAGAGCUGUGCAAAAUCUGCUUCAAGAGCGUGCCGUUUGUGUCCUUGACUGGCCUCCGAAAGGUGCAGACUUGAAUCCGAUAGAGAAUGUGUGGGGCGCAAUGAAGGAAAGUUUGUCCCACAUGAAUCUGGGAAGUGCCAGUGCUGACGAGCUCUGGCUCGCCAUUACCCGAGAGUGGAAGCGCCUUAGUGAGAAGAAGGACUUCGUAGAAGCGCUCUACAAGUCUAUGCCACGCCGGCUACAAGCUGCAGUUCGCGUGGGCGGCGCAUUCACGCGAUAUUAA